GUUCAACAGCUUCAUUACUCUUCUACAACACUAUCGGAGGCUUUUGAGACUCAUGUAAGCUGUCUGUCGACGAAUAUCUGGCGUCCACAAUCCUGACAGAUAACCGAAUAGCUCGAAAUGUCGUUCGUCAUCCGCCGAGCCGUGUCGACCCUUGUUCCCCCGAAGGUUGCCAACCCAGAGGGUAUCGGAGCUGCCAAAAAUGCCGUUCGAAUGGCCAGGAUAGCAAAAUUCUACGAAAAGCUACCAAAAGGAUCUGCACCAGCACGGGCACCCGGUGGACCGCUGGGAUGGUAUCAAGCGAAAUAUUUUGGCAAGAACCCAUCAGCAGCUCCCAUCUGGCACGUCAUUUUCGGAAUCAUGGCAAUGGGUUACAGCAUGGAGUACUAUUUCCACCUAAGGCACCACAAAAACAAUGCCCACUGAUCAAAUGCAUUGAAAGGACGGAGGUCAAAGGUCAUCGACAUUGUACAUAACGCCGAAAUAAACCUGUUAAAUUCGCGGAAAGGCGCAUUAUCAAGACCCAUCUGCUUCCAGGGUUCUUUCCCUACAAGUGGCUUCUCUUAUCUUCACUUUUGCACCAAUGACUCUAUGUGAGAACAGCGACAGUCCGCGGUGUUGAAGGGUACGGAUGACACCAUUCGCGUCCGCCUCGCAAUCGGCGAAACAUAGAGAAUAACGGAGGCUGUCUGUGUCUUCAUCGCAUUUCCCAAACACCAUAAUCGAAGUUCCUACUGCGUGCUCGGAGAUGUAAUCAUACGAUAGUAUACGUGACUUGAGCAUGAAUUGUCUUUCGAGUC